GACCGGACACUUUCCCCCCCUUCCAGACCGGACACUUUCCCCCCUUCCAGUUCGGACACUUUCCCCCCCUUCCUGUCCGGACACUUCCCCCCCCCCUUCCAGACCGGACACUUUCCCCCCCUUCCAGUCCGGACACUUUCCCCCCCUUCCAGUCCGGACACUUUCCCCCCCUUCCUGUCCGGACACUUCCCCCCCCCCUUCCAGACCGGACACUUUCACCCCCUUCCAGUCCGGACACUUUCCCCCCCUUCCAGUCCGGACACUUUCCCCCCCUUCCAGUCCGGUCACUUUCACCCCCUUCCAGUCCGGACACUUUCCCCCCCUUCCAGUCCGGACACUUUCCCCCCUUCCAGACCGGACACUUUUACCCCCUUCCAGACCGGACACUUUUACCCCCCUUCCAGACCGGACACUUUCCCCCCCUUCCAGUCCGGGACACUUUCCCCCCCUUCCAGUCCGGACACUUUUACCCCCUUCCAGACCGGGCACUUUCCCCCCCUUCCAGUCCGGACACUUUUACCCCCUUCCAGACCAGACACUUUCCCCCCCUUCCAGCAGGGCAAUUUUCAGCUUUCAGCGCUAUCACACUUUGAAUGA